GCCUCCCCAAGCAAGUUGCUGAGCUAGCUAGCUAGCUCUCCGUGCGCACGCAAGACUCGUUCCAAGGUAACCAACCGCUGCAAAUCGCUCGCGCGAGAGAGGCCGCGUCGUUUUCGCUGCGGAGAACGCGCCGCGCUGCAGAGCGCCGCAAUCACGACGGCCGUAUUCCACACAGCUAAAAACAACAUGGGACGCGGGGGUCGUCGCGGAGGAGGUGGCAUGAUGAGGCGCCCGCCGCCGCCCGCUCCUCGGCGCCAGGCCCCGCCUCCGGCGCAACGCCGCUCGGCUUCCACUGCUCCGGCUCAGCAGCAAUCCGGCGGCAUGCUUUCGGGGCUCGUUCGCUUCGGCGUCUAGGAAGCUGCCUUCACACGCGAGGCGGGUCGUUCGCGCCAAUCGUCGAGAGAAAAGAGCUGCCGCGGCGGACUCGGCCUUCAGCGUGGCACGUGACAACUCCUUGCGCCGACGGCCUGGGUCUGGGCUACCUUCAGCCGGGCAAAACAAUAGUUUACUAUCGAUCUGAUGGUGGCUGUCAAUUGUCCAGACCCUCGCCGUCCGACGCGAGUCGAGCCGUCGCCCGAGCUGCCUCUAUACCUGAUUCCCUUCGACCAAGCCAACUCUGGAAGCCGGCAGAUGUGGUAACCUGGCCGCCCCAGUACUCGAGAAAUCGGCGAAAUUGGGAUCUUCUGGUAUACUAUGUCUCCUGGCUUCUCGGCCUAUGGACCACUGCUGAUUCAGAGAAUUCGCGCCAUCGACGCCAAACCGGACGCUCACUGGUUGCUGUCCUACACAGAUGGGCACCAUGGCCCAAGGCUUCGCCUUCGGCACGGGCUCGUCCAUCGCGCGCGGGGCCGUAGGCGCCGCCGGGGACGCGCUCUUCGGCGGCUCCUCGGAGCAGGCGGCCCAGCCCGCGGCGCAGCAGGCCGCGGCCGCGCCGGCUGCCCAGGACGCCUGCGCCGUCGACAAACGCGCCUUCUACCAGUGCCUUGAGACCUCGAACGGCGACGCGGACAAGUGCGAUCUCGGCGUCCCGUUGUGUAGAGACGCCUUCACGCCAUCGACGCGACUCAUUUCCAUCUCACGAUGACGUGGGUGGUUUCUUUUUUCGAGGCCGUUCGGUCGCGCAGGUGCUCGGACCUAUUCCGUGCUCUGAGCAUGUGCCAGGAAAACGCCAAGUGGCAGUCGGCCUGAGCAUCGCCCCUCCCCUGUACUAAACUAAUC